UGAUUAUGGCUCUGUGCUGGGCACAGGUGAGGCCACACCUCAGGUGCUGUGUCCAGUUCAGGGCCCCUCUUCUCAGGAAGGAUGACUCAGUUCCAUGGGCUGGUUGACAGGGUGGUGAUCGGCCGUAGAUUGGACUCGAUGAUCACAGAAGUUCUUUUCCAGCCUUUAUGACUCUGUGAUCUGUGGGGUGCCCGGGCCGGUGGAGAGCCCCAGGGGACCCGGGCCGGUGGUGCAGACGAGGUCCCGGCAGCGCUCCCGCACCCAUCCAGGCGUCCCUGCCCGCGCCCCGCCUUCCCCGCGGUGACGGCAGAGCCCGGCGCCGGUGACGGCAUCAGGCAGAGCCCGGAGCCGGUGACGGCAUCAGGCGGAGCCGGUGCGGCGCGGGCAGGACGGGCCGGCGGCGGGGCAGGAGCGGGGCAGGGCCGGGCCAUGGCUCCCGUGGCCGUGCAGCCGCCCGAGGUGCAGUUCGCUCAGCGCUUGGCCGCCAACGAGAAGCGCAUCCGGGACCGCGCCCUCAAAAAGCUGCGGGGCUACAUCGGCGUGCGGACCCAGCGCCCCGCCGACUUGUUCUGUACCACAGGUGGCUUCAGUCAGGACGAGAUGCUGAAAAUAUGGAAGGGCCUUUUCUAUUGUAUGUGGAUGCAGGAUAAACCUCUGCUUCAGGAGGAACUUGCAGCCAAUAUCUCACAACUUAUCCACAUGUUUCAGAAUACAGAGGCUCAACACCUGUUCAUCCAGACUUUUUGGCAGACGAUGAACCGGGAAUGGAACGGGAUUGACAAUCUGCGUCUGGACAAGUACUACAUGUUGAUGCGUCUGAUUUUGAGGCAAUCCUUUGAAGUGCUGAAAAGAAAUGAAUGGGAUGAGGGUCUAGUUGAACCAUUGCUGCAGCUAUUAAUGAAAGAAGUUAUGGACCCAGACAGCAAUUCUCCCACUGGGAUAAAAUUCCACUUCAUUGAUAUCUAUCUGGAUGAAUUGGCUAAAGUUGGUGCAAAGGAGCUCACAGCAGACCAGAAUCUCAAGUUCAUUGAACCUUUCUGCAAAAUUGCUGCCAAAUCCAAGGAUCGGCGUGUGCUCCACGCUGUGGUCGCCGGAGUCUUUGAGAUGAUCGUGGACCAGUCCCCCUUCGCCAUCGAGGACCUGAUGAAAGAGCUGGGCACCAACAGUGAUGAUGAGGAUGUACCUGAAGAAGACAAACAGGAAAAUGAAGAGAUGCUUAAAACUAAAGGAGACAGAUGUCCAUCAAGAAAAUCAGCACAGAACUCUGAAGAAACAGAGGAUAUCAAUGAAAAUGUUGAUGAUGGGAUCGGGGCUGUUCUUCAGUUUGAUUACAAGGCUGUUGCUGACAAAAUCUUUGAAUUUGCAAGCAAGAAAAAUAUACCUUCCCUGAACAGAAAGCGGCUCUACAAGCUGGUCAAAAAGUUCCAAGACUUAGCAGAAGGAAUCUUCCCCCAAGAUAUUCCUGAAGAUGUUUCUACAGAUGAAGACGAUGAUGAAUCUGGUAGGCGAAAGCGAAAGAAAAAAGCUGUCAAGCCUUGGCAGCAAAACGAGCUGGAAAAAGUAAAAGAGGCUAAAGAAGAGCUGUCAAGUGUGAAGGUGCCAUCAGUUCCCCAGAGGAAGAGGAAAAAAAGGAAGAAGAGGGACAGCCAAAAUGCUGAUUCUGGAAGAGCUGAUGGAAGUUGUGAGGAGGGAAAAGCUGAAACAUCUGGAUGCAAUGCUUCCAGCCAGGAAAAGGUGCCAGAAAAUAACAAGGACAGGAAGAGAAAGAAAUUGCUAGUAAAAGAUGCCAGUGAGACCACAAAUGUAGCGGCUGACACCCGAGAAAAUCUCAGUAUCCAUGUGCAGAACAGUCUGACUGACACAGAACAGAGGAAAAAGAGACAGCUGAAGAAAAUGAAUCCAAAAGUGCAGAAUGUUCCUGCAAAACCAGCGUGUCAGAACGGACCAGCCAGUGCCUGUGCAGCAGAGGAUGUCAGUCCGUCUGUCACGCCGUUACCUCCUAAGGCUGUGAAAAAGAAGCAGAAAGCAGGGGCUGUCCUGGUGAAUGGGGAUCCCCCUGUGCAGCAAACUGACCUAAAGCCCAGCAAGGAAGGCUGGCUGGGGACCCUGCCAAGAAAGGCAGGGGCUGAAUCUGCACCCUCUAGAAAGGUCACACUGAAAACAAAGUUAGUUGGUUUGGAAGGGAUGAAAGUCUCCAGUCAGAAUGCAGCAACUCUGAAAAAUAAGAGGAAAGUGAAAGAGGUGCUAAACUCUGUCGAAGCCAAUGGAGUUCUGGAGACUGUCUGCAAGAAAAGCAGGAAGGUGGAAAGCAGUGCUGCUCUGUCACCAUUAAAGAAAAAGAAAGCGAAACCAGGAAGUGAUUUUGUAAAGUUUGAAAAAUCAACUGUACCAAAGGCAGUGUUCUUUAGGAAAGCCAGGAGCACCAUCUCUUCUACCAGGACAUCCAUGCAGCUGAACAAACUGCAAACACCCAGCUCCAAAAAAGUCACGUUUGGCUUGAAUAAAAACAUGACUGCAGAAUUUAAAAAGACUGACAAAAGUAUAUUAGUGAGCCCAGAAGGACCUUCCCGUGUGGCAUUCAAUCCUGAACAGAAACCUCGUCAUGGAGUGCUGAAGUCACCCACGGUGACCCCAGCAAAAGAGCCCCAAAUUAAGAGACCAUUUACUUUAUCAGCUAAGAAGAGACCAGCUGCUGUGGACUUCUUUUAAACCAACAAAUGUGUGGCCUACUUUUGUACAGGACAUUUUGCUAACCUAGAAUGUUCUCUGGAGGUAUUUUGAACUUCUUUAUUUUUUUAAGUUAAUACUAAUUGUAUAUACAAAAUUCUGAUUAUGACCUGGUUCAUUGCUAUUUUGAAACCAACUCUACCUUGAAAUACUUGUUUUGUCUUUUUACAGAAAAGAAACAAAAUCCAAUCUCUGCUCAGGUUUGGUCUAUGAAAAGUAUGGUCUCUGCCCAAGUCAUUCCCAAGAGACUUAUCCAUUUAAUUUAGGAAUGUUCAGGGUAUGUUCAAAAUCUGAUUGUUCCAGUGAUUUUUUUUUUUUUUUAAGCCAGUGUAAGACAACUUGCACUUCACGCUUUUAAACUGUUUUUCAUUAGACAGAGUUUAAAUUGGAAAAAGGCAAUGCAAAUUUUAAGUCUACUUGGUCAUGUAUUUUAAAAUUCUCCUCUAUCAUUUUUCAUGUGUCACUCCUGGCAUCCUGUUAAUUCUUCUGGAAAUAAUGAUUACCUCGUGUCUGUGUUUAAUAACAGCUGGACUUGGGUGGCUUUGCAGCUAGCAAGCAAGCUUUCCCUGGCAUAAGAAACCCCCAGCUGUUGCUAAAGUUAUCACUGGUGCAAAUAAACUUGCACAGCUGGCUGCCUGCUGAGCUGGGGACAAGUCACCACAUUGUUUUCAGUAACACAAGUGCCAAAGCUGGCUUGAGCCUGUCACACUGUGAGCUGGCUCCUUCUCUUCACUGAACUGAAAUUCGCAGUUGCGAAUUCUCCUUCUUGCGCAGGAGAAAUCUUUGAUAUUUCCAGCCCCCUCUGUUGCCUUUCCUGGAGGUCUGACAAGACUCCCAGUUUUCUGCUUUAGCAGCUGGUGUCACCAGAUUGUGCCAGAACUCAGCCCCCAUUCAGAGCAUGAAUCUCUGCCUGGACUGAAGUGAGCUCAAUGGGUGUAGUGCAUCUUGGGACAGGACACAUCACUCUGAAAGCUUUGGUGCCUCUCAGUACAGGGUGAAACUUUACAGUCCAUGCAGCUUGGUUUUGGUUUUGAUGUAGAAUCAGAUGUCCACUUGGCAUUUCUUGGGAAUUCAGUUUUUAUUUGGAUCUUUUAUUACUACUCUGUGUGUUUUGUUUAUAAUUUGCUUCUUUGAUAAAGAUUGAGGUGCAUUGCUGCAAGAGAUCAUUAAUAUAAUCUGAAUGGGAACAAUGAGGAGGGGGAGACUAAAUCAAAAUAAAACCUGUUUUGAUACAAUUAGAAGAUUUGAAAUCUUUCUUUGGAAAUUUUCCUCAUGUGAAUGAGGCAAAGGCUUUCAGCCUAUCUCUACAUUAGAGCUCAGCUUGGAAGCACAACCUGGUGCCAGAGCAAAGCUGCUCAUGAAGCUUCACACCAGUUAUUCUGUGAUCCUGCAAGAAAGAGGGUGAACCUUCUUCAUUACCUUGUCUUAGGAUAAGUGGAUUAUCAAGUAAAUAAACUGAUAAAUGUUUAUUUAGCUACUUCAGCCAAUAGAAUUGUAUUUUGUGACAUAUUUGCAUACUUCAGUGCUGCUUUUUAUGAGUCCUUAAUGUUGUCUGUCCUCUGCCAGGAGGAUGAGAUUAUUCCUCAUAAGGAACUGUAUUGAAACUGUUCUUUUGAAGCUCAUCUACAAUUGCUUCAAAACACUGGGGUCCUUCCAGAUGGCUGGGUGGUCUCAGCUGAUCAAUUCUAAUCCGUCCCAGUUCUCUCACUAAGUUUGUGACAGUCAAUGGUUUGUGGUAUUGCCAGAAAUUAAUUUUGCUCUUGUCUCUUCCCAUUUACAGUGAAAGACUGAAUUUCACUUGGUUUUGGUAUUGGGCUAGGCUGUAUCUGUUUCUGUGAUCAAUAAAGAACUCUGGAGAAUACACUGAUAAAUUAAUGAUAUUUGUUUAUGCAAGUAUUGUUCAUUUAUGCUUUAAAAAGCUCACUGUAUAUUAGCAUAAUGGAUUUUGUUGACAAAAUGAUGGUAAAUAGGGUGUAACAGCCUGUUCAAUAUGUUGUACUGUUACUUUGUCCUGUGGGUGAAAAGUCUCCUGUGGAAUAUGCAUAAAACCAUUUGUAUGUGCAUGGUUGUGAAUGCCUGUUUGGAGAUGUCACAUUCCUCCAAGGAUAGAGAUGCAAACAAUCACUUGGUGAAUCUGGUGUGCACAGAAAAAUUCAAGAUCCAGACAGAUUGGGGUUUGGUUUGAUUUUAAUACAUAUAACUUACUAUGCUAAUGUAUUGAUUGUCUGGAUCUUUUUCUGUUGAUUGUAGAUCCACUGAACCUGUUGCUUGCCCAAAUAUUUUGUUGCCCACAGUGUUAAAUAGAGAGGGCAGAAAUGGCAGUCAGGUUUUUAUCUAAAAUUCGAGUGAUGUGAUUGCUUGUUGUGAUGCAUCCAUAAUCCAUCUGUGCCACGAAUCUGGUGCAGUGCUUUGUAAAUAUACCUGUGAGGUGGGUAUUGUCUUCAGUGGUGUCUGGAAUUUCAUUCAGGAUAACUUUACAAACAAAACCCAACCAUUGUCAAUGGAGUUUAUUCAGCAUUGUUGGGUUACAUUUGAAUACAUUACCCAAAGUAUCUGGGUAGUGACAAUGCCAAUAAACAUUAAAGGAAAAAAAAAGAAAUGUAACUCACAAUAUCCACUGCACAGACACAGUGAUACUCUUGAAGAGAAAUGUAUUGGUAAGAAAAAAGAAGAGGAAAACUCAUCUGACCUGUUUGAUGUCACUUCAUGUUUUUUUUCAGUGUUAUUCCAGAUCUAGCUGCCAGCCAUGCUCUGAGUCAAAAAUAAUGUGGCCUAACUUUUAAAAGACAGUGGUUUUUAAUUAUUGUCUCUAUAUUUUUGUCACAAAUCUGAUCAACUUACCAAGGUCAAAUAGUUUAUAAUUCUUCAUAGCUUCAAGAGAACGCAAAAGCACAACGUUAACGCAGCAAGGCAAAAGGUUGAAAUUCUAUUUCAGUUAUUGGAUGUGCAAGAUCUCUUACAGUCUUGUCAAAGCUGUGCAACUUGGAAAGUAUCCAGUGCUGUUUGUCAUGAAUUACCUGCAGUGAAAUUUCACGAGAGGCAGGAAAAAAGUUACGUUUUAUGUUCCUCUGCAAGAGCAUUGUUAAUACAAAUACAAUGUCUAAGCAUUAUAUCAUUUAACCUAGUCCAAUAAACCAUAUUUUUUGUGGA